AUGGGUCAUUCAUCCCACGCCGCCCUAGCUCAGCUGGGUCCCCAGCAGCUGAGGUACAUGGCCCUGCGGAGCGACUCGUCGGCGCCGGCCUGCCUGCGGCCGUCGUCGGCGGCCGCCCGCGCCGCGGCCAGCGCGGCCGCCUGGGGGGCGAGACCGGCCAGCCGGUCCCGCGCCCGCGCCCCCGCCCCCGCCCCCGCCGCAGCGGAAGGCGCCCUCUCGCGCUGCGCACGCACGGCGGCCACCGUGGCAGCCGCCCACACCCGGCUCAUGUGCGCCAUCCAGUCACAAACUCGGGCUCUGCUCUGCCUAAGGCUUUGUGCUGCUUCCUUCCUAGUUCGUUCUCUGAGGUCUGAGCUACGCUGCUGGAGCUGGGAGGUGGGAGAGGGUGGUAGUCGGUAG